AUGGCGUCGGGCGGUAAAGACCACAUGGUACACAUACAGAUAGACGGGCAAUACUGUUUGUUGGACGAGAGUUUGGCAGCAAUUUUUCUGUCAGAAGAUGGUGAUCCAGAGACAAAAAGGGCCAUCAGGGAGGCAAUGCGUGCAUCAACUUCAGGGGAAUCAACUUCUUUCAGCGGAUGUGAGAUCCCCAGGCCUUCAGAGUCACGCUCAGCUUCACCGGAAUUUGUAUCUGGCCGUUCUACACCCUCCAGUGUCUCAACUUCCAGCUCCGACUCACAGAGUACAAUGCACGUGUGGACGGAGAAUGAAGAAAAAUGUUUAAUUGAUUUAAGGCUACAGAGAGAGGAGAAGUUUACAGGCACAAAAUCUCAUGACUCAUUAUGGGGAGAAAUAGCAAAUGAAAUGAAAAAAAAUAAUAUCCAAGUUUCCAAAACACAAUUGAUCAAUAAAUGGAAGGCAUUGAAAAAGAAAUACAAGGAAAUAAAUGAUGAAAAUAACAAAACUGGCAAUAAGAAACAUUCCUGGAAAUAUUUAGAUCAGUUCAGCGAGGUCUAUGGCAAUAAGGCCUCCACAAAGGUAGCCAUUUCCUUUGACACAGGACGCCCUAGAGAAAAACUCAAAAUCGACAGAGCAUUGGACAAGGAUGAAACAUAGUUCCUGAAGAAG